AUGGUUAGUACGCUUUUAUGCUCUCCCUCUCCUCAAUUUCUCAACGACAUAGCCUGGCAUUAGACUGGCGUCGGCGCGAAGCCCGGAAAGUCGGGUUGAUGGAGGAUAUCGAGGGGACAAGCGAAGCCCUGAGAUGGCGCUUCGGGGCAGGCUUCGUGGAGAUCAGCUAUGAGCGCCUAGGCAUCGAGGAUAGUCAUGCCUUGCUAGAGCUACUAGAGCCGCUCUACGCCCAGCUGGGUAUGCCUUCUGACGGACAAUGAUAGGCUUGAAUUGCGCCGGAGAUGCAGCGCGCAGUCUUGAGGGUCCGUGAUACACACCGGAUGAGCGCCGGGAGCUGUUGUUACUGGAGAGCACGUGUUCGAGCACAGGCAGCGAUCGGGAUUCAGAACAUACCUCUGACGCCCCAUUGCUCCUUUCCUGCGCAGGGUAUCGACAUCGCCAAGCACCACGUCAAGACUGGGCGCCGCACUGCGCCCAAGAGCGAGGACCCCUACCUCCUCCUCUUGGUGAAGGUGAGUGUUCGAUAUUUGGAGGUCGAUGGGUUCGGCAGAAGAGGAGGGAAGACAUGAGCAGAGGGCUUGAAGAUGAUUAGAGGGCUGGCAGCACAGCAGGUGUCCAGUUGCAUUUGGCUAUUGAGCACGAAAGGCUGGGGGACCAGCGAAUCCCUGCGCACGAGCUGGACAUUGAAGGCAACGCUGGCCACAUGGCAUGCAUUGCAUUGCCACCUCGCGUGCUCACACGCCCUUGCUUCGAAUUCUUUCUCAGCUCUACCGCUUCCUUGCUCGCCGCACCGACUCUCGCUUCAACAAGGUUGUUCUGCGUCGGCUUUUUAUGUCCAAGAUCAACCGUCCUCCAGUUUCCGUCUCUAGGGUGGUGUACCUUUCUCGCAACCAGGGAGGCGUUUCCAAGUCCGGCGAGGCACCCAAGACUGUAGUAGUGGUGGGAACCAUCACCGACGACAACCGUCUUCUGGACCUGCCCAAGCUGUCCAUUGCUGCUCUGCGCUUCACGCGCACCGCCAAGGCACGCAUCGAGGCUGCGGGUGGUGAGGCGCUCACACUGGACCAACUGGCCCUUCGCUCUCCCAAGGGAUCCAACACCGUUUUGCUGCGUGGCCCCAAGAACGCUCGUGAGGCCGUCAAGCACUUCGGCAUGGGCCCUCACAAGCACAAGAAGCCUUACGUGCGCUCCACUGGUCGCAAGUUCGAGCAGGCCCGUGGACGAAGAAAGAGCCGUGGUUGUGAGUGUCGAUACGAUGCUUCGAGGCGGAGCAAUGUUGCGCCACACGUUCCACACGACCUACUGACACGAUUCGUCUUGGUCCACAGUCAAGGUCUAA